GUUUUAGUAGAAAAAAAUUGUAAAUCCCCAACAACAAACCAGUCAAAACCGCUGGCCAUCAACCAUUUUAGAUACGUAAAUUCAGCUGACGCAACACAAUUAUUGCAGAAAAUCCCGUAAUAUUCGACCGGUUUGGUCCCGAGUGUGCAUUUUGAAAUAAGAAAAUCGUCCAAAUUUGAUCUAUACAACAUGUCGGAGGUACCGUAUCAAACAAUGGACAACUCCAGCCAAAUGCCGAAAACAGUUCACCUGGAUCCGGAAAGCCAGGUGGAAAUCCGUGGUAUGUCGUUCUCCGAGGAAACCAUCCGUAAAGCCUUCAUCCGCAAAGUGUAUCUCAUUCUAACGGUUCAACUGGCCAUCACCAUGGCUUUUAUUUCGUUGUUUAUGUUCCAUGAACCGGCUAGGAUUUGGACGGUACAAAACCCAUGGAUCGGAAUGAUAGCUUUUGUGACGAUGUUCGCCGUGCUCAUCAUAAUGGCCUGCUGCGGAGAAAUGAGAAGGAAGACUCCUCACAAUUUCAUAUUUCUGGCCAUGUUUACCGCGGCCCAAGGACUGAUGCUCGGAAUCGUGGCCACUGCGUACGAUUCUUCUGAGGUGCUCAAGGCAGUCGGCAUCACGUGCGCCAUCUGCAUCGGACUGACCCUGUUCUCGUUCCAAACCAAAUGGGAUUUCACCAUGAUGGGGGGCUUCCUGUUCGUUGCCCUGUUGGUGGUAUUCAUUUUCGGCAUCGUUGUGGCAUUCUUCCCCGGCAGUGUCGCGAGCUCGGUUUACUCGGCAUGUGGGGCCUUGCUGUUUUCGUUGUAUCUAAUCUACGAUACGCAGUUGAUGAUCGGAGGAAAUCACAAGUACUCGAUCAGCCCGGAGGAGUACAUCUUUGCGGCGCUCAAUCUCUACCUGGAUAUUAUUAACAUUUUCUUGUUCAUCUUGAGAAGAUAAAGAGGUUAUACUUUUAUUUAUUGAUCAAAUGAUUCGUAGCAAUCUUUA